GUCUACCGGCUGCCAUAACGUUAGCUACUGUCGCAAACCCCGACUGUCGUGAAUACUGGCCGCCCACUGAAGAUGGCGGCGGAGCUGCAUCCGCGGAGCGGAAAGCUGAUCGGCCUGUCCAACUCGAACCGAACCGCCCGGCGCAACCAGCCAGUCCAGGAGUUCAACCAUGGCCUGGUGCUUAGUAAGGAGCCGCUGAGGGACCGGGACGUCUUCACCGUCCGUAUUGACAAGAAGGUGAACUCGUGGAGCGGUUCCAUUGAGAUUGGUGUGACGGCACUGGACCCCGCCGCGCUGGACUUCCCCAGUAGCGCCACAGGCCUUAAGGGCGGCUCCUGGAUCGUGUCAGGCUGCUCGGUACUACGUGACGGGCGCUCGGUCCUGGAGGAGUACGGGCGCGACCUCGACCAGCUAGCCGAGGGCGACCGAGUGGGCAUUCAGCGCAGCUCCCGCGGGGAGCUGCACCUCUGGGUAAAUGGCCAGGACUGCGGUUCGGCCGCAAGCGGCUUGCCGCCCAAGCUCUGGGCAGUGGUGGACCUGUACGGCAAGUGCACACAAGUGACGGUGGUGAGCUGUGAGCCACCACCGCCCUCUACGGAGAAAGAGACAAUAGGGCGGGCCGAGGAGGUGGAUGAUGAUGAUGAGGAGGAGGAAGAGGAGGAGGAGGAGGAAGAGGAAGAGGUGGUGGUGUGUGGGGGUCGGGAGGAUGCGGGGAUCACGGCACUGAUGAAUGUGGCAGCAAUGAAUGGAAUGAUGAAUGGAAAUGAAGUGCCUGAGCUUAGCUGCAGCAGACCAGACAAGUUCCCCAACAACCUGCAGCCGGACACGGUUCUAACAGAGCACCAGCUCUUUGACGUGUUCAACAAAGCAAUAGUAUCUUUUUAUCGCUCUGAGGAUGAGGGGGGAGGGGAAGAUGGUGGUGGCGGCGGAGGAGGAGUAGCAGGAGGAGGAGGCGGCGGCGGCGGCGGCGGAAAUUCAGGAUCUGACUCCUCUUCCAGAAAUGACAGGGGGAGCAGCAGUGGAGGAGGUGCAGUCAACAGCGACAGUGGAACAGGGACAACAGGCGGAAGUGCUGGAGAAGGUGGAAACACGAACAACAGCCCAGCUGGUAACGGAGGGUUGGGGCUGGCGGCUGUGACGGGUGCGAUGACCACCAACGACGCGCUGCUCUUCCACGAGAAAUGUGGCACACUGAUCAAACUGAGCAACAACAACAAGACAGCGGAGCGGAGGAGACCGCUGGACGAGUUCAAUAACGGCGUGGUGAUGACCAACCGGCCGCUCCGACACAACGAGAUGUUUGAGAUCCGCAUUGAUAAGCUGGUUGACAAGUGGUCAGGCUCAAUAGAGAUUGGUGUGACCACACACAAUCCCAACAACCUGGACUAUCCUGCAACUAUGACCAAUCUGCGCUCAGGUACAAUCAUGAUGAGUGGCUGUGGGAUACUGACCAACGGGAAAGGAACCCGCAGGGAAUACUGUGAAUUCAGCCUCGAUGAACUUCAGGAGGGAGACCUCAUAGGGUUGAUGCGCAAAGCCAGCGGAGCGCUCCAUUUCUACAUCAAUGGCAUCGACCAAGGUGUUGCAGCAGCCCAGACCCCCGGCGUGGUCUACGGUGUGGUCGACCUCUACGGCAUGGCAGUCAAAGUCACCAUAGUCCACAACCACAACCACAGUGACCGCCUCAGACGCAACAACGCCAUCAUGAGGGCUCUAUCGCCUGAUGUCGGCCGGCCCAGGCCAGCUCUUUCCCUCACUCCAGACUCGGAGGGGCCCGACCGACUGCUCUUUCACGCCAACUGUGGCCAGAAGGCCGCCAUCAUCAGUGAAGGCAGGACGGCGCUGCGGCCACAUGCGACUGAUGACUUCAACCACGGCGUGGUCCUGAGCAGCCGGCCGCUGCGCUCCAACGAGGUGUUCCAGGUUCGCAUCGACAAGAUGGUGGACAAGUGGGCGGGUUCCAUCGAAAUCGGUGUCACAACGCACAACCCUGCAUACCUGCAGCUGCCCUCCACCAUGACCAACCUGCGCUCAGGGACGUGGAUGAUGACGGGGAAUGGCGUAAUGCACAACGGAACAACAAUACUGGAUGAGUACGGACACAACCUGGACCGGCUCAAGGCAGGUGACACAGUAGGCGUAGUGCGGAAAGAAGACGGCAGCCUCCACUUCUUUGUAAACGGCGUGGCUCAGGGCCCGGCGGCCUGGAACAUCCCUCCCAGUGUCUAUGCCGUGGUCGACCUCUAUGGCCAGGCUGCUCAGGCCACCAUCAUGGACGACAUGGUGGACUUCCUGCCUCUCCCAGAGGACAGCUCAGAGGGUCCCACAGCCAUGUCCCCCGGGAGCCCCUGCUCAGUCGGAGGGGCCAGCACAACCAACGACCUGCGUUUCCACCACCUACACGGCACCAACGCCGUCAUCACCAACGGGGGGCGCACCGCCCUGCGUCAGAACUGCCGCAGCGAGUUCAACGACGCUAUUGUCAUUUCCAACAGGUGCCUUCGAGAUGGAGAGCUGUUUGAAAUCAUUAUUCAGAAGAUGGUGGACCGCUGGUCGGGUUCAAUAGAAGCAGAUUUUCUCCUCCCCCCUCUGUGUCCAGGAGUGACAGCCAUCAGGCCAGAUGAGCUCGAGUUUCCUAACACUAUGACUGAUAUCGACUAUGACACUUGGAUGCUCAGUGGAACGGCCAUCAUGCAGGAUGGCAACACGAUGCGCAACAACUACGGUUGUGACCUGGACUCCCUGACCACGGGCUCACGGAUUGGCAUGAUGCGCUCAGCCAGCGGCGACCUCCAUUAUUACAUCAAUGGUGUGGAUCAAGGAGUCGCCUGCACCGGCCUGCCAUCAGAGGUGUAUGCUGUGAUUGACCUGUAUGGUCAGUGUGUUCAGGUGUCCAUCACCAGCUCCUCAGGCCCGCUGGACAACAGCCUCUGUACCAGCAACAUCACUGAGAAGAGCUUUCCCAUCCACUCACCAGUAGCAGGCGUUGCCCAUAGGCUCCACAAUAAACACGGUAAGAACGUGGUGUUGCUCGGCGACGGCUGCCAGGGCGUCAGAGUGGGAGGUUACGCUCACGGCAUCGUGUUCAGUGCGAAGGAACUCAAAGCGGACGAGCUGUUUGAGGUGAGGAUUGAUGAAGUGGAUGAGCAGUGGUGCGGUUCGCUGCAUAUCGGUCUGACCACACUGGCACCUCCAGAGCUGCCGUCCUGCCCGCUGUCAGGUCUCUCCCCCUCCCUCACGCAGCUUCGCACCAAGGUCACCUGGCUGCUCUGCGGCUCUGAGGUCCGUCGCAACGGAGUGCUGCAACGCCAGAACUACGGCUGUUCACUGGACCGGCUGACGGUUGGGAACCGUGUGGGUGUGAAGAGGUGCAGUGACGACACCAUGCACAUCUUUAUUGAUGGGGAAGACAUGGGGCCUGCAGCGACUGCAGUAGCCAAGAAUGUGUAUGCAGUUUUGGACCUGUAUGGGCGGAUAACAGCGGUGUCCAUCGUGAGCUCUUCGUUGAUAGAGGACAUGGAAAGCGUGAAGGCGCCCUCGCUUGCCUCAGACAGCUGCAGUGAAGGAGAGGAAGACUGCACCCCCGUCAGAGAGGUUGAGACUGAGCCAUGUGCGCUGGUGCCCACCGUCAUGGCGUUCCUGGAAAACCACGGCAAAAACAUCCAGCUGUCCAACCAGAACCUGACAGCAGCCAGAGUAUCCAGCUAUAACCAGGGCCUGCUGGUCACCGCCCAGCCGCUGGCUCGCCAGCAGCUGUUCCAGUUUCAAAUCGACCGUCUGAACCCAUCAUGGACGUCGUCGCUGUCGUUAGGGGUGAUAGGUCAUUCCCCCGACCGGCUCAACUUCCCCUCCACAGCGUGUUGUCUGAAACGCUCCGCCUGGCUGCUGCAGAGAGACUCCAUCUUCCACAACUCUCUCAAGAUAUGUGAGAACUAUGGUCCUAAUCUUGACACUUGUCCGGAGGGGACGGUGUUGGGUCUGCUGGUGGACGCCAACAGUUGUCUCCACCUCUACGUCAACGGCAUGGACCAGGGUGUGGCAGCGCAGGACAUUCCUUCACCCUGCUACCCCUUCAUCGAUCUCUACGGCCAGUGUGAACAGAUUACUAUAGUGAAAGACAGUGUGCCAGCUGUGGGUGGUGAGAAUGGUGAGACCCGUUGUCAAGGCGAUAUGGAGAAGGCGGACAUGGUUGACGGAAUCAAAGAGAGUGUGUGCUGGACGCCCCCUCCAGAGAUCAACCUCAACAAGACCUGUGAGUACCAGGCACUAUGCUCACGCUUCAAGGACCUGCUCACGUUACCAGACGGCUAUUUUGACGAAGACGCAAAGUACAAUCUGUGCUACUGCGAGUCCUGCCACAAGCUUCGGGGCGACGAGGCUUAUUACAAGAGAGGAGAGCCGCCCCGGGACUAUGCCCUGCCCUUCGGAUGGUGCCGCUUCGCCCUCAGGAUCAAGCCCCACUGUGAGGUUUCCAAUGCACUGAAGAAGUGGCACAUCGCGUACCACGGCACAAGUGUAGGAGCCCUGCGACGCACGCUGGACCACAGCCAGCUGCUGCCUGGGAUGUCGUCCAUCUUCUCAGUGUCCCCAGUGAAGGCGGAGGGGCCUAAUGGCUACAGUGAGCCAGAGGAGAACAGCGCCCCCGGCAGGGAGGUUCCCAGAGUGCGGCUCUCCCCCACUAUGCGCUACUCCGGCAUGGAGAUCUUUGCCCCCAAAGUGCAAUUUCGGGACCCCCGUUCUCACCGCAGUCACCAGGCUCAGGUUGGGUUCCAGGUGUGUGUGCGUCCAGGCUCCUACAAAGUGGGACCGCAGACGCUUGGCCACAGCGAACCCCUGGACCCUCGCUUCAGCAACUCAGAGAUUGAGUGGAUCACGAAAGAGCAGGGCGGCACACUCCUCUACGGACUGCUGAUCCGGGUCGAGUGAAUGGAGCAACGAGGGAGGCAUUCGGGUGGAAGUGGGGAGGGUCCGUGUGGUGCUCCUCGUGCUUUGAAUAAACUGACAACCAAAUCCAACCCCUGCCUUGAGCGAGAGACUCCUCUGGAAUCCAGCUGUUCCAAUUGUGGAUUGUUGACAAUUCAGCAUUAUUGAUUUGUUUUGUCUAUUUUGUUGGUUUGCUCUUGGACUCUUUUAAUGGCCGGGAGCUACGGCGGUUUCAAAGAAGAACAGACACUGCCUGCACUUUAUGUUUCGGACACUCGUGGGCGAUUUUUAAACUAACUUGUCAUCGACUCGACACGUUUGUUCAUUCUCUACAGGUUUUUUUUUUUUGACACAAUUUUGUUGUCAUUCUUCCCAAAAUAUUUUCUCCCACCCACACAAACAGCAAUUUUUUUUCUUUACCUUUUGGCACUUAUUUUAACACGUAUCCAUCUGCUCUCGUUAGUGUUUUUUUAAUUUGGGAGGAGCUGUCCCCUGCCAACCUGCACGUUAACGGACUGUCACCUAAAAAGACUGAAACGUGGGUCAAAAAAAAAAAAAAAAAAAAAGGUGAUGUCACAAAAAUAUGAAAAACAGAAUGAAACUUGAAUCUGAGAAUGAACCCAAGAGUGUCUUGUGAUUGUGACUUCUUCUGUUUUGGGGGGGGGGAUUUAAAACUGGAGGAAAUGUUUACACAUGUACAACUGUAUGUUGCUGUUCUCUUCGUGUCUCCACAUUAGCAGUUUGGCAACUUUAUCAGUCCUGUUUGCAUUUCUGUGUUGGCCCCAUAACAUCUGACUCCUCUUGUCAAAUAGAAAACAUUCAUAGGCAUUAAACUGAGGAGAAAACUGGAACAUUAGACAGAAAAAUUGACUUUGGACAAAGAGGAUCCAUUAUGAGAUAUUUAAAACUAUAUAUAAAUUAUAUUUACUUGGUAGGUUUUGAUACAGGAAAAGGGGAAAAAGUAAAAGUUUUACUGUUUGGGAAAUGCACUUUUUCUCUUUCUUGCAGAGAGUAGGAUGAGAAGAUUGAUGCCACUCUCACGUUUGCAUGGGACAUAUUCAUGUGAGCAUACAAACCUGAGUGGUAUCAAGCUUCUACUCUAGCAAACUCUUAGCAAGAAAGCAGUAUCCCAUAAUGUCAAACUUUUUUUUUUUUUAAUAAUAAUAAAAAUGUAGUUAAAUGGACUGAAGCCAAAAGGUUUGAGUGGUUUUCCACAUCACUCCCGCUGUCUCACUUCCCCCUCAUCGUUUGCUCUACUCUGAUCUAUCCAUCCAGUCGUGUGGGACUCUGUUUACCUGGCAGGACCGCCAGAGCCAACGUGUAGUUUCUAGAUCAGCAGGACGUCAAGUCAUCUAUAUCCCACGACCUACGCUGGUGUUUACAUGUGAAUGUAAUUCAUUAGGGCUCAUUCUUUUAUGUCAACUAACAUUGAUUUAAAUUUGUCAAAGGUUCAUACAGAAGUGUUUUAUUUCAUCCAAAACAUCCACCUGAUGAUUGAUUGUAUGUGAACAGCUUUCCAAAGUGUUUUUUCUUUAUCACCAUUCUCAGUCCUGUUGCCAAUUUGAUAACCCUGCUACAGAACAUGAAACCCCAACAUUUUUCAAGGCACAGUUUUGAUGAGUCAAACUUAAAAAAUUAUAAUUGAAGAAGCUCAGUCACCUUCUAAGAGCAGCUGUGAUCUGACUGAUGGAAGAUCUUCGGAGUUUAGCAGAAGGAAAAACUUCCAAUCAAGAAAUGUGAAAAAUAUGAUAUGGGUUAUUUACAGCCCAGUGCUGCUUUGUACAAUUUCAUUUGUAUUGUUUUCUUUAUUUGUUUUCUGUAUGUUGCGUUGUACAGGCUGUUACAUAACAAAUCAUAUCUUCCUGAUUUAUAGAAAAUAAACUGACAGACAAUAUGCACAGAA